AUGUCACGUCGUGGUUCCGAAGAAGAACCGGUGAGUGCUCGACGAAUCUCGAGUUCGUUCGAUUCAUGCUGCGCAACAACUCCAGAUUCGGCAGCAGAAAAACCAUCCCAAGGAUCGUUGGCGAAACCACGUUCUGCAGCAACACUGCGGCCACCGCCUCCCCGACGAAUGCAUUCGUUGCAUUCGCCGGAUAACAUCUACGUGGAAUGCAGUACCGAUGAACGAAAGGUUUUUUUAUUGCUAUUUUAA